CCGCGCUCGGAGCAGGUGGGUCCUGGCGGGGGCCGGGGCCGGGGCCCCGCGGCCUCCCUGGCCCGUCUCCCCCCGCCGUCCCCUUCCCGCAGGACUAGCAUGAGCCCGGGGCAUCGCCUUCCUCCGCCGUCUAUGGAAGGUGACGGGACCCAAAACGCCGUCGAGGAGCGGGACGCUUUCCGGGCCGCCUGAUCGAGCCCCGGACGCCCGGACCCGGCUUCCCGCCGUCCGGCGCGUGAUCCCGGCGCCAUGGUGGGCUUGGGGCCCAGCGAGGUGCCGCCGACGGCCGCCGUGAGGUUCGUGGGGGCCGGCGCGGCCGCCUGCUUCGCCGACCUCGUCACCUUCCCCCUGGACACAGCCAAAGUGCGGCUGCAGAUCCAGGGGGAGGCGAAGGCGGCGGGCGGCGCGGCGGGCGCCCGCUACAGGGGCGUCUUCGGCACCAUCGCCACCAUGGUGAGGACGGAGGGCGCCCGGAGCCUCUACAGCGGGCUGGUGGCGGGGCUCCAGCGCCAGGUGAGCUUCGCCUCCGUCCGCAUCGGCCUCUACGACUCCGUGAAGCAGUUCUACGCCAAAGCGCCCGAGCGCGCCGGGCUGGGGAGCCGGCUGCUCGCCGGCUGCACCACGGGCGCGCUGGCCGUCGCCCUCGCCCAGCCCACGGACGUGGUGAAGGUGCGCUUCCAAGCGCGGGCGCGCGCGGAGGGCGCCCGCCGCUACCAGGGCACCGUGGACGCCUACAGGACCAUCGCCAAGGAGGAGGGAGUGCGCGGGCUGUGGAAGGGAACGUCCCCCAACAUCGCCCGCAACGCCAUCGUGAACUGCGCCGAGCUGGUCACCUACGACGUCCUCAAGGACGCGCUGCUCGAGUCCCGCCUGAUGACGGGUGAGUCCGUCCCGCCCCGGCGGAGCGGCGUUAACCGCCGUGGCGGAGCCGCCCGCCACCGCAACGCGGGCGUCCGCGGCCCCCCGCCGGCCCCCGCUCCCCACUGGCCUCCGCUCGGCAGAUCACCUCCCGUGCCACUUCGCCGCCGCCUUCGGGGCCGGCUUCUGCGCCACGCUCGUCGCCUCGCCCGUGGACGUGGUGAAGACGCGCUACAUGAACUCCGUGCCCGGGCAGUACGGCAGCGCCGCGCGCUGCGCCCUCGCCACGCUCGCAGGGGAGGGCCCGCAGGCUUUCUACAAGGGGUUCACGCCCGCCUUCCUGCGCCUGGGCUCCUGGAACGUGGUGAUGUUCGUGACCUACGAGCAGCUGAAACGGGCCCUCACGGCCGCCCGCGGCUCGCGGGAAGCCCCCUUCUGAGCCCGCCGCGGAGCUCCUGCCGCGCCGCCGCCGCGCCUCCUUGCUCGCCGGCGCCGGAGGGAGUCUCGCCGCGGGGCGGAGGAGACGGGCGCCCCCGGCACGAGGACGCGGAAAGCCUCCGGCCUUGCCGUGGCCGCAGUGAGGCUUUAAGUAAAUUGCGCGCCUUCCGUUUUCUUUUUUCAAAUGCUUCUGGUCUUUCCCAAACCCUGCUGGUUCGCUGGGUCCACGUUGGCCCUGGGGGGCUUCCAGCCCCAUCCCAGGUGCUGAGCUGGCAGCCAGCGCCUGGAGACGUGGUCCCAGACCAGGAGGCCAGAGCAGGCCCAGGAGCCACCUGCACGUAGUGUUGGGGUGUGAGGACGGUAGAGCCUUCGGCAGCAGAGAAGGAAGCAGCUUUUCAGAAUAUGAGUCCUCUUUUUUUUUUUUUUGGAAAAAAAAAAAAACUCCAAAGACCCUCACCAGCUCAGGGCAGCUUUGGUGGAGCGAUGAUUAACUUGCCUCGUGCACCUCUUUGAGUAAAACCAAAGUUUGACCCACCUUGGCCUGCCUGCUGCAGAAGAGCAUUUGUGAGCGCUGUCUUCCCAGCCAGGAGCUGGCCGGACUGGGAGGAGGAGAACUGGGCCCUCCAGCUCCCUCGGAACAUUUUUUUCAGGGCUCUGGGAGCCUCCAUCUAAGCUGGAGGACAGGGACCAGCUCAUCCCAGCGAGUCCUGAGGCUGGUGCAGGUCCCUGCAGCACCCCGGGAGGUUUGAGCCACGUGGGGAGUUGUGCUCGGUGCUGCUCACCUUGGGGGGGGCCGUCAGGCAUCGCUGCAGCGCGGCUGCUGCUGGGGGUAAAGCGGGGAAGCUACUGGGCAGAGGCCAGAAAGCAAAGUGGAGUGGAGCCUGGCUGGUGGAAAAACACCAUCUCCAAGGUGCUCUGCGUCUGUAGGCUGCAGGAAAUCUGGAAAAAUCUCUAGUCUUUGCACAGGGAACAGAGCUUUAUUGCUUGGAGGAGCGUGGAGGGAUCCUCUCCUCUCCUCCCCCUAGCACAGGAGCGCCUUCCUCAAGAGCUUCUUCUUGUCAGGCGUGAGCUGCUUGGGAAAGGAAAUAUCGAAGUACAUGAUGAGAUCGCCCUUGCGCGCGGGGUCCUGGAACAGCGGCAUGCCCUCCCCUGGCACAACCUUGCAGUACCUGGGGCUGUGAAGCAAAGGAAGGGUCUGAGAGGGGCAGUGAGACGUUCCCGGCCCCGAGAGCCGAAUGUGGGGUGGUGAUUUGGGGGGGUCACAUGCCUCUGGCUCUAGAGCAUCGAGGCCGGACGUGCGCAACGUCCGGGCUGGCCCCGCACCGUGCCGAGCCUCACGCCCGCUCUGCAGGGUGUUUUUCAGGGCAACGCUUACUCCACAAUGUCGUUGAUGGGGAUGUUGAGCAGCCUCCCGUCCAGCGUCUUCACGUCCACCGUGCAGCCGAUCAGCGCCUGCAAGACGCGGAGCGAAGCCCCGAGCUGCCUUUUCGCCCUCCCCGGGAGCCCUUUUAGCCACUGCUUGUGUGAGCGAAGCGGGCGGCCAGGAAGGACACCUGGCCCUUCACAGCCUCCCGCGCAAGUGAAGGCUCCUCCAAGCACCUAGCAGCUGCUCUCAGUCUCCCUGCACACGCACAGCUGUGCCGUGAAUAAAUCCAGCCACCCCGUGGCCUAGCUGGA